AUGAGAGUUUUGAAUUUUGAUGAUGCUGAAUGUGUAAAAGCUAUACCUAGUCUAUCUUCUACCCCAAAUCUGGAAGAACUAUCAUUCUCAAACUGUGAGAGUUUGACUGAAAUUGAUGAAUCGGUUGGAAAUCUGAGGAAGCUUAAGAUAUUAAAUGCCUUUGGUUGCAGCAAGCUUAGGAGCUUCCCACCCCUUAAGUUACCAUCUAUUGAAGAACUCAACUUCACCAGCUGCUCAAAUCUUGAGAAUUUUCCAAAAAUCUUAGAAAAGAUGGAGAAUUUAACAAAGCUUGAGUUAGAUUGCACUGCCAUAAAAGCUAUACCUGAUCUAUUUUCUGCAGAGAAUUUAGUAGAAUUAUCAUUUUCAUACUGUGUGAAUUUGAUUGAAAUUGAUGAGUCAGUUGGGUUUUUGAUUAAACUUAGAUUACUUAAUGCCUUUGGUUGUUGUAAGCUCAGAAGCUUUCCAUCCCUUUUGUUGCCAUCUCUUGAAGAACUUGAUCUCUCAUGGUGUUCAAGCCUUGAGAAUUUUCCAGAGAUAUUAGACAAGAUGGAAAAGAUAACACGGCUAAGAUUGCAGUAUACUCCCAUAAAAGAAUUGCCAAAUUCCAUCCAAAAUCUUACUCGGCUUCGAGACUUGGAAAUGGUUGAAUGUGGAAUGCUUCAGUUACCGAGCAACAUUACCUUAUUGCCAGAACUGAGACACAUCUUGUUUUGUCGAACACCUAACCAAGAUGAAGGUGAAGAAAAAUUGAGUUGGAUGGAGUCUUCAAACAGCACACUACAUGCAUCUCAGUGUACUAUAUCACAUGGAAUAUUUCCAAACUUAUUUGGUUGGUUUUCUAUGUAUAUGGAAGAAUUAGACUUGUUCCGUGUUAAUUUCAGAUUCCUUCCUGAUUGCAUCAUGGAGUGUCUUCUUUUGAAGGAAUUGAAUUUGGAUCAGUGUCAUAAUCUUCAAAGUAUUAGAUGGCUUCCGCCCAACUUGGAAACACUUUCCGUGACAUGUUGUAGAUCUUUAAAAGAUUUAGACCUCACAAUUCUUCCUGGAAGUACCAAAGAAUACUACAAUUUCAGGAGACUCAUUGUAGAUAAUUGUGAAAAUCUUCAGAUAAUAAAAGGAAUUCCACCAGAAGGUUUAUCUGCAACAAAUUGCUUGAGCCUGCCUUCCUCAUAUAUAAGCAUGCUAUUGAAUGAGGAAUUACGCGAGGUGGGUAGAAACAUAUGGCGUUUUGUGCCAGGGUCAGGGAAUUGCAUUCCAGAGUGGUUCCAUCCCUGUAAUAAUGGAAAUUCAUCAGUCUCUUUCUGGUUUCGAAAUAAGUUUCCUGCCAUUUCACUUUGUGUUUUCCUUGGAGCAUUGGGUAAACACCAAAUAGCAUUCUAUUUUUGCCCCAAAUUGGAGAUCAAUGGCAAUACAGUAAAUAAGUGGCUUCUAGAGAACAAGAAGUAUUGGUUUGUGCAAGAGGCAGAAGCUGAUCAUAUAUUCAUUCUCCAUGAAAAACAAAUGAAAUAUGAAAACAGUGUGAAUGAAGCACUUGUGAGAAAUAAAGAAUGGAAUCAUGCCAAGAUUUUUGUUGAUGUCUAUUCUCCAAGGGGGUGGACAGAAAUUGACAUGCAAAUUGGAAUUCAUGUAUUCAAAGAAAAAAAUAGCAUGAAGGAUGUCCAAUUCACCAAUCCUUAUAAUAAUGUUACUGGGGAAUCUAAUUCAGUGGAUUCAACACAACAAAGUGGAACUAGCAUAGUGCAAGUGAAUUUGAAGCGCAUUUCUCAUAAUUAUUCCCGAACAUUCUAAUGGAGCUUUGAACUUUGAAGAGGUGCGAAACCUUGGAUUAGAUUUUCGACAGGACACAGGAGUAUAGGGAUUUUCAACUGGAUGAAUUUGAGGGAAAAAGUGGCCAAUGGGAAUGUGAUCAAUCUUUUACAAAGAAAAACAAUAAAAAAACCAUUGCCGAAUGCUCAUGAUCACUACUGCAAGAAAAUUUUAGUAGAUGGUGAAAAACAGGAAUUUAU